ACUAAUGUCACGUUACGUUUGACUGUAUGAUGUAUUGAAAUAACGGGAUGUCUGAUACUUUUGGUAUUUACCCAAAAAGAAAAGAAAAGCGCAAAAUAAGAAGUAAUUAGCUUUCAAGUAGUGAAAAGAGUCCCUAGUUCUGUUCUGGCAGCUUUUGUUGUUGACUGCAGGUUGAUGGACACAGCCAGCGGAGUUUCUACUUCAUGUUAGCUCAGUUAGCUAACUAGCUUCAGCUCCGGGGGGUCGUACUGGACCGGGGCUUGCCUAAAGGUUGAAGCGGAAUCAACGUGAUUUGAGGCGUAGCCUCCCGCACACCGUCAGAGCUUCAGCAGCCUAUCCCGGAGGAUCCGCCGUCACACACUUGAAAUGCCUUCUACUUGGAACUUGUAGCUAACGAGCGGCGUCUGUAAAUAUCAAAAUGGGCUGUAUGGACAGCUAGGCGACCAUGUAAGCUAUCUUGUCACGUAAGUCGUUUGAAUUGUGUCAGACCGCAGCAGAAAGGUAGAGGAAGAGCAGCCCUCCGUCUAGAACCGACCAGAGACAACGCAGAGAGGACCAAGGUUACAUCUGAGCGCUGGUCUCUCUCUCUCAGCUGAGAAGUCGGUAUUUACUGUGUUGUGAACUGGGCCGUUUUAUACGCUCGUAUGCUUUCGCCUACGCCCGUCUCAACAUCUUGAGGGCAGGAAGAGACGGACGGACGGAGAGGGAGUGGAGGGAGGCAACGGUAGCUCCGGGUUCCCCCGACACUCAGCCGAGGAGAGGCAUCGCUGAAAUGAGAUGAGGCUCAGAAAUGGAACUGUGGCCACUGCGUUAAUUUUCUUCACGUCCUUCCUCAGCCUGUCCUGGUACACAGCAUGGCAGAAUGGCAAAGAGAAGCUGAUAGCAUACCAACGGGAGUUCCACGCUUUGAAAGAACGGCUUCGUGUUGCAGAGCACAGGACUCUGCAGCGUUCGUCUGAGCUCAACCACAUUCUGGAGCAGUUCAGACGGGCCAUCGCCGAAACCAACGGCAGCAAAGAUGCGCUCAUCAACUUCUCAGACGAGACACAGAAACUACUGAAGGAGCUCACAAACAAGAAAGCUCUCCAGGUGCCAAACAUCUACCACCACCUGCCUCACCUCCUCAACAAUGAGGGCAGCUUGCAGCCGGCUGUCCAAGUGGGUCUUGGACGCACAGGAGUUACCAUGGUGAUGGGGAUCCCCACAGUGAAGCGAAAGGUGAAGUCGUAUCUGUCGGAGACGCUGCGUUCCCUAAUAGACAAGCUCUCACCAGAGGAAAAGCUUGACUGUGUCAUCAUUGUGUUUGUUGGGGAGACGGACCUGGACUAUGUUCACAGCGUGGUUGUUGGCCUCGAAAAAGAGUUCUCUACAGAGCUCAACUCGGGUUUGUUGGAGGUCAUAUCCCCACCAGCCGCCUAUUAUCCUGACCUGAACAACCUCAAAGAGACUUUUGGAGACUCCAAAGAAAGAGUCAGAUGGCGAACGAAGCAGAAUCUGGAUUAUUCCUUUCUCAUGAUGUAUGCUGUGAGCAAAGGGGUUUAUUAUGUCCAGCUGGAGGAUGACAUUGUGGCCAAGCCAAACUAUUUUGCCACUAUGAGGAACUUCGCCCUGCAGCUGUCCUCUGAGGACUGGAUGAUCCUGGAGUUCUCCCAGCUUGGCUUCAUUGGAAAAAUGUUCCAGGCUCCAGAUCUGAACCUCAUUGUGGAGUUCAUCUUUAUGUUCUACAAAGAGAAGCCUAUCGACUGGCUGCUGGACCAUAUUCUCUGGGUCAAAGUCUGUAACCCUGAGAAAGAUGCGAAACACUGUGAGCGGCAGAAAUCCAGCCUCCGCGUGCGGUUUAGACCCUCGCUCUUCCAGCACGUCGGACUCCACUCUUCUCUUGCUGGAAAGAUUCAGAAACUCACAGAUAAGGACUUCCUGAAGCCGCUGCUCCAUAAGAUGCAUGUUAACCCCCCAGCAGAGGUCUCCACUUCCAUGAAGGUUUAUCAGGGCCACACUCUGGAGAAGACGUACCUUGGAGAAGAUUUCUUCUGGGCUAUCACACCUACUUCUGGAGACUACAUCCUCUUUAAAUUUGACAGACCAGUUAGCAUAGAAAGGUUCCUGUUUCGCAGCGGAAACCAGGAGCACCCGGGGGACAAGAUUGAAAACACCACAGUGGAAAUACUACCUUCAUCGGAAAGUGGACUGCAGACCAAAGAGAAGUACAAGCGAACUGAAGAUCGCUUUUACAGGAUCGGUAAUUUUGAGAAAGGUGUGGCAGAGGGAGCGGUGGAUCCGGCCUUCAACCCUGUCGUUGCCCUUCGGCUUUCCGUUCUGAAAGACUCUGCGGUGUGGGCCAUCCUCAGUGAGAUCCACAUAAAGAGGGUAUCUGGCUGAUUGUUCUGCAGGAGACACAUGAAUCACAGCCCCUGGAGGGCCAAAAUCUCCCAGACUGCUAAUGUGGGGUCUCUAGUACCUAGCAACCAGCAGAGAAGUGAUUAGAGCUUAGAGUUGUCUAAGAAAUGCCAGCUCUCUGUCCCCGUUCUUCCUGAUUUGCUUUGUUUUUGCUUCUUAUUUAUCGGUUUCUCCCCUCUCUUUCUCCACGACUCCCCACACUCUUGUGAAUUCCACUUACUUUUGAGAAUGGGAAUACUACUGUCUGCAAUCAACGGAGGGAGGGUGUGAAGACAUCUGCUCGCAGCAGCUCGGACUCUUAAAGUGACUGUGUUGCUGAGCAGCUCGGAGACCAGUCAGAUUAGUUGCUGGAUGAAAGAGGCCGAAUCUUCACAGGUGGAGAGAACCAGUCCACCUGGCCAGUGGUGGAGAUGCUGCCAAAUCCCUCAAUUACUCAAUGCUGCCACACCUGGGCGAGCGGGGGCGUUGCACUGUCUCUAGUGCCUCAGCAAGCCCAGCGAUGAUAAAGAAUGUCUACGUCUCUAAAGGCCAGUUGUUCUCCGUUCCUAGCAGAAAUGGUGGAGGUCUACCCUCUGACACGUGACUCUAGAUCAACCAACACCAGCCCAAACAAAUGUCUUUUUUUUUUUUUUUUCUUCACUGCAAUCAAACAAAAACCGGUCCCGUUGUUACGCUGGUGAGCUUAUUGUCCCAUAAUCCAUCUGAGUGAUAUUUGACUGUAGGGCAGCCUAGCGACCCAUGAAGAAAAUCAGCACCUUGACGUCCAACUUUUCUCACCUUUUUUUGUCUGACAUGCUGUUUGACCUUGAGGUCAGUUUAUAGUCGACUAACUUGGACAUUAGCCUGGCUAUGUUUCCCCGAAGAAAUAUAUUGUUAUACUGACAUAUUAUUAUUAUUAUUACAGCUACGAUUGACGAUCUAUGAAGUUGACUUAAUUUAUUGGAAAUAAAUCUUUAAUUUGUACAAGAGGUAAAAUAUAUUUUUAUUCUAAGAGAUGUUUACGGUAGUUACGAGUCUGUUUUUAUGUACUUUUUUUCCUUUUUAAUCUGAAUUGCUUCUGUGCAUCCUUAUAUUCAUGCCAUACUGACGCCUCGUUUCAGAGUCCCGAAUCGCAUUCAUUUUAAUUGUAUAGAAACCUGUUUGCAGGGCUCCUACGCAUUAAGGAAACUCUUAAUUCACACUCCAUGCUUUUUAACAAAUGUGUCAACUUGUGUAAAAUGAUUUUUCUAGAAUCUUUUGUGCUCCACAUUCAAGAACAUAAAAACGAGACGUUUUGAAAACACAAUCAGUCGCAACCUUUUAAGACAAGAUAAUAGUGUGCUGUAAACCUUUAUUUCAAUAAUUUAUCAGGCUAGAAUGAGAAAACCAAGAAGGUGAUCUUGAAGCCUUGGUUUUGCUCUUUGUAAGGAGUUGCUUAACGCUCUGGAGUCUGUUACAUCGAGAUAAUGCAGCUGCCACGACUAAAUAAGCUUGAGGAUUCUAUCUCACUAUAAUGAAACGGUGACGCUAGCAGCACAUCUAAAAACACCCAAACCAUUUUAGUUAUACCAACGGAACUAAUUUGAGAUCUCAAUUUCUGAAGAUAAAGUGAUGAAAAUUAUCAAAACAAAAUGAUUUUGAGGUGUUGGUAUCAGUAUGAAGAGUUAAAUGCUUGUUAUCCUGAGAUGAUGAAACUCGAAACUCAACUUGCCUGAUAUCUUGACAUAAUAAAAUAAGCUGUAAAAGUAUGGUGGUUUUAAUAUUGAAGCUAGCUAAAUGUAGAGAGGAUUUAGCUGUCACAAUAAAAACAAUUUUUUUAUAUCCGUGCUUCUCAGAUAGUUCCUGUUGCCGUCAAAAGAUGGGCAGUUGCAUUCGAAUACAGCUUUACUGUAUUUUACUAAAAUAAAACACAUUUUCUUUUCCGUUUUUAAUAUUUGGAGCACACCAAUACUAAAGGAAAAUAAAAACAAUCUGACCUUGGUUAAAAUGGCCAAAAAUUGGUUAGGCUACUAGAAAACUGAUGUAGAUCAUGUGGAAUAUUGAAAUAUGUGAAGUGUAGGAACCCUGUUGUAGAUAUGGGUCUAAAAUAGGAAAAAAAUGUGCCUUAUAACACAGUUAUCUUAAAAAUUGCCUCAAAAUCUGUAUAAUCCGUUCCCUCUUGGUUUCUUCUCUAGAAAGACAUUGUAUGUUAAUAUUUAAAAAUAACAGUAUAAACUGAUGUCAAAGAUGAUCUUACUGCUGUCCAAAAUUAGUGAAAGACAUAGUUUUAUUAGCUCAGUCUCUGACAUAGCAAUAUUUGCACUGCUUUACUGUUUUUUUUUCCUUUACUUUUUUUUUGUUUUAAAUCACACUGUCCUCAUUGUACCUCACUUUUCACCUUCAUGCAUCUGUUUAACAAAUUCAACCAUUUAUUUAGUCAAUUUUUAAUGGACAGGAUAUGACUACUGAUCGUUAGAGUGCACUUCUGAUUGUACAUACAUCUAAAAUAUAUAUUCACUUUUUCCCCGUUUGAAGUAGUUUCUUUUUACAUUUUCAUGUUUGUGGCCAACUAUCUCAGUGGAAACUCUUUGUAAGUGAAACUUGACUGAUCUUUUGUAUUGGUGAUUGUUGCUUUCACUGUUAAGGGGUUAGUGAAGUGCCUUUAGGUGGGAUUGUUUUCUAAUGACUAAUUUCUGGCUUAUGCUUGUUUGCAUUCAUGACAUGUAAUUUAUAAACAUUUUGUUUAGAUGUAAAUGGGUUUUAACCCAGUCGAAGUAUGUGCGCCGUCCAGUCUCGCUAGUUCAUCUUUUAAUUUGAAAAUCUGGGCACAGUAAUGUUUGGAAAUGACAUUUUCCUCCUUCCACGAUGUUUCCUCUGCUUUCAUAAACAAAAAGUAAGCACAUGUAAGGGAAGAAUUGUCAUGUGAUCUUUGGGAUUUUCCCCGCUCCUUUUUAAGGAAGAGGGACAGACCAUAAAAAAACAACAACAAAAAAAAACCGCACACAAAGGACAUUCACCCAAUCACUUCCAAUGCUCAUCAGUUUAUGUGCCUUCAUCGUGUUCAUGUGUUUGCCUGACUUUGGUGAUAUUUUUGGCAUCAAUUUUCCAUGAACGUAAAUUUUAAAUAAACAACUGUUCUGGAUAGAA